AUGGGUAAAGUAUUGCUUGUCGUCAGCUUGAUGGUGGUCGUCGCUGCCGCAGGACGAUUCGAUCGUUCCAUUUCCGCACCCAGAACUCGCCGCCACGCGCCAAUGCGCUGUUGCAACGAUGGGUUCGAUAAAUCCGAAGUGCACGCCAAGUUUGCCGAAAUUAAGGAGGGUUGUGUGACCGAACUUGGCCUGGCGGAAGUGCCUCACGAGGAGCUGUUCAAGAACCGUGAAAAUCUCCACUGCAUAACCGAGUGUAUCGCCAAGAAGGAGGGCAUAGCGGAUGAGACCGGGGCGUUGUUACACACCGAUCUGGCCAGCGCGGUCGAGCAGCACAUGAGCAGCGUGGAGUGGAAGGUACCACUGGUGGCCGGCUUCGUGAAGCAGUGCUUCGAUCAGGUCGACGAAAAGCACAGUGGUUUUGCGCCGACUGACGAAGCUAAAUGUAACCCGGAAGGGUUCGAGUUUGUGGUUUGCCUGUGGCGUCAGUUUACGCUGUCCUGCCCGGAGGAAUUCCGCGACGAUUCGGAGCAGUGUAUCGAACUGCGCGAAAAGCUUACCAACAACGAAAGCUUAGACGAGUUGGAAAGCGAUGUCGAUGCGGCGGAGUAAAGCACAGCAUUGGCCGAAAAUGGGUUUAUGAGUUCGACAAACGCCUGAAAAUCACUUGAUUAAUAGCAUUGUACAUUAU